AUGGCGUCGAAACGAGCACCAGAGGCAGGUGGCCCCGAACAGCACUGGCAAGAGAAUGUACUAAAGGAGGUCAGCAAGGAGCAAAUUGGGUUUAUUGCCGAGGGUCUCUUCAAGGAAUUGUGGGCUCGGUGUGGAAAGCAAAUUGCAAUUGAUCAGACUGCUUUGAUGAUUGCUGAAGUCCAGUUCUCAAGAGGUUUCGAUCUAUUGUACAAGAUUCACGACAACGCAUCGGCACUGACAGAAUUCAAAAAGUGCUUGGCUAUUCGAGAAAAAAUAUUGGGCAAGGAUCACAGAGACACUGGAAAAACCUAUUGCUUUGUUGGACAUGCACUGCGAGAGAAUAGGAACUUUGACGAAGCUGUUGGGCAAUACCGAAGUGCAUUGCGAAUUCUUGUCGCUCUUCUUGGCAAAGACCACAACCAUACCAAGGAUGUAAUCAGUUGUAUUGAUGACGUUUUGAAAGCCAAGGGUUUAUCCGAUCACGAUUCGCAAGAGUAUCUGAGCACUCUCAUGGCAAGUUUAGAGCACAAGAAGUCUGGUGAUAUCUUCUAUGAAGAGUCCAACUACGAUAUGGCAAUGGCGGCAUACAAGAAGGCACUGAUUGUGGAAAGGAUUCAAGAAGGCAAGCACCAUCCUGAUACUGGUGAUGUCUAUGCUAGAGUUGGAAAGACUCUUUCCAAGCAAGGUGAUCUAAAGGCAGCUUGUAUAGAGUAUGGUAAUGCUCUUGCUAUAUAUGCUGUGACCUUAGGAUCGGAUCAUCCUGAUACAAAGGACGCGCUAAGACACAUUCAGCAACUACCGACACUGAUGAAUAGGUGA